CACCGCGCGGGGGGGUCCCCGCGCCCCGCCGCCGCUCCUCGCUGUGCUCCCCCUGCCCCGCGCUUUGCGGGAUUUUUUUUUUUUUUUCCUUCCCCCCCGCGUUGAGGAGGCGAGCAGGAGCCCCCCAGCUUUCUCCCGCAGGAAGAAGGGGUGCGGGGAGAAACUUAUUUUCAACAAGUUUUUUUUUCUUUCCUCCCCUUUUUUUUUUUCUUACCCCCCCUCCUCAUCCACCCCCCUCUUACCCCCUUCCCCCCUUCCCCCGUGUGUUAAUUAUUUUAGCCCCUCUCCCCUUUCGAUGUGCGGCUUUGGACAUGCGGAGGCUACUGCAACCGUGUUGGUGGAUCUUUUUCUUGAAAAUCACCAGCUCCGUGCUCCAUGAUGUGGUGUGCUUCCCCGCUCUGACUGAAGGUUAUGUUGACUCUCUGCAUGAAAACAGACAUGGUAGUUCUGUGCAGAUACGGAGGCGAAAGGCUUCAGGGGAUCCUUACUGGGCGUACUCGGGUACCUAUGGUCCCGAGCACUGGGUUGCUUCCAGCGAGAAGUGUGGAGGGUCUCACCAGUCUCCUAUAGACAUCGUAGACCAUCUGGCCCACGUUGGAGAUGAGUAUCAAGAGCUGCAGCUUGAUGGUUUUGACAAUGAAUCUUCGAACAAGACUUGGAUGAAAAACACAGGGAAAACGGUUGCUAUCCUGCUGAAGGACGAUUAUUUUGUCAGUGGUGCCGGGUUACCAGGAAGAUUCAAGGCAGAGAAAGUGGAGUUUCACUGGGGUCAAAGCAAUGGAUCAGCUGGCUCUGAGCACAGCAUCAACGGCAAGAGGUUCCCUGUUGAGAUGCAGAUUUACUUCUACAAUCCCGAUGACUUUGACAGUUUCGGAACAGCAGUUCUAGAAAACAGGGUAGUAGGAGCCAUGGCCGUGUUUUUUCAAGUCAGUCAGAGGGACAAUUCAGCACUGGAUCCCAUUAUCCAUGGGUUGAAGGGCGUCGUACAUCACGAGAAGGAGACCUUUCUGGAUCCCUUUGUGCUGAGGGAACUUCUGCCAACUUCGCUGGGGAGCUACUACCGCUACACAGGUUCCCUGACUACUCCUCCGUGUAGCGAGAUCGUGGAGUGGAUCGUUUUUCGGAAACCUGUUCCCAUUUCUUACCAUCAGCUGGAGGCGUUCUACUCCAUCUUCACCACUGAACAGCAAGACCACGUCAAGUCCGUGGAGUACCUGAGGAAUAACUUCCGACCACAGCAAAGCCUGAACAACAGGAAGGUGUCCAAGUCUGCCGUGAAGGAUGCUUGGAACCAAGAUUUGACAGACAUCUUGGAAAAUCCACUCGGCACUGAAGCUUCCAAAGCUUGCAGCACUCCCCCAGUCAACAUGAAAGUGCAGCCUGUGAACAGGACGGCAUUACUGGUAACCUGGAACCAACCAGAAACCAUCUACCACCCUCCAAUCAUGAACUAUAUGAUCUCAUAUAGCUGGGCUAAAAAUGAAGAUGAAAAGGAGAAGACUUUCACCAAGGACAGUGACAAGGACCUGAAGGCCAUCAUUAGCCAUGUCUCACCUGACAUCCUUUAUCUGUUCAGAGUUCAAGCAGUUUGCCGAAAUGAAAUGCGUAGUGACUUUAGCCAGACUAUGCUCUUCCAAGCUAACACCACUCGAAUUUUCGAGGGGACCAGAAUUGUGAAGACAGGAGUGCCCACGGCAUCUCCUGCCUCCUCAGCCGACAUGGCUCCCAUCAGCUCCGGCUCCUCCACCUGGACCUCCUCGGGGCUCCCUUUCUCCUUCGUGUCCAUGGCCACAGGGAUGGGGCCUUCCUCCAGCGGCAGCCAGGCCACCGUGGCCUCAGUGGUGACCAGCACCUUGCUGGCAGGGCUGGGCUUCAGCGGUGGAGGCAUCUCCUCCUUCCCCAGCAGCGUCUGGCCCACCCGGCUGCCCACGGCGGCCGCCCCCAGCAAACAGGCGGGACGGCCCGUGGUGGCCACCACCGAGGCCGCCGCCGCCUCCCCAGGGCCGGAGCGGGACUCGGCACUGACCAAGGAUGGCGAGGGAGCUGAGGAGGGGGAGAAGGAUGAAAAGAGUGAAAGUGAGGACGGGGAGCGGGAGCACGAGGAAGAGGAAGAGAAGGAUGCUGAGAAGAAGGAGAGAAACAGGGCGACGGCAGCCGGGGAGGCGCGCAAUAGCACGGAGCCCGGCGUGGCCGUGGCUUCCCCCAACCGGACUGCUGAGGAAGAAGGAAAUAAAACCAUAUCGGGUGAAGAGCCAAACCAAAACGUUGCCCCCGCGGCUGGAGGUCCCGAGGAGGAGAACUUGGAUGAAGCCAGCACUCAGCCCCAGCCGCUCCCUUCCACCCAAGUGCCACCAGCGUUCACCGAUGAACUGUACCCGGGCAAGAUCCCAAGAAGACCAGAGACUACAAGAAAACCUCCUCCAAAGGAGGACAGGUUUCCAGAGGAAUACCCCUCAGAUAACAAAUUCAUCACCAUUAAUCCAGCUGGCAAGAACAGCUCCAGCAUGGCCACGAGACCUUCUCCUGGUAAGAUGGAAUGGAUCAUCCCACUCAUUGUGGUCUCAGCACUGACCUUUGUGUGCCUCAUUCUCCUCAUCGCUGUGCUUGUCUACUGGAGAAAGUGUUUUCAGACUGCUCAUUUCUAUGUGGAGGACAGCAGUUCCCCCCGUGUGGUCCCCAAUGAAAGUAUUCCCAUUAUACCAAUUCCAGAUGAUAUGGAAGCAAUUCCAGUCAAGCAGUUUGUUAAACACAUCAGUGAGCUGUAUUCUAAUAACCAGCAUGGGUUCUCAGAAGACUUUGAGGAAGUGCAGCGCUGUACGGCCGACAUGAACAUCACUGCAGAGCAUUCCAACCACCCCGACAACAAGCACAAGAACAGAUACAUCAACAUCCUGGCCUAUGAUCACAGCAGGGUGAAGUUAAGGCCUUUACCGGGGAAAGAUUCUAAGCACAGUGACUACAUUAAUGCUAAUUACGUCGAUGGUUACAACAAAGCAAAAGCCUACAUUGCUACCCAGGGACCUUUAAAGUCUACCUUUGAAGAUUUCUGGAGGAUGAUUUGGGAACAAAAUACUGGAAUCAUUGUCAUGAUCACAAACCUUGUUGAAAAAGGAAGAAGGAAAUGCGAUCAGUACUGGCCGACAGAGAACAGCGAGGAGUACGGAAACAUCAUCGUCACGCUGAAGAGCACAAACGUCCACGCCUGCUACACCCUGCGCCGCUUCACCGUCAGGAACACGAAGAUGAAAAAGGGUCAGAAAGGGAACCCCAAGGGGCGGCAGAAUGAGAGAACGGUUAUUCAGUAUCACUACACGCAGUGGCCCGACAUGGGUGUGCCCGAGUACGCGCUGCCCGUGCUCACCUUCGUCAGGAGAUCCUCCGCAGCCAGGACCCCGGACAUGGGACCAGUGGUGGUGCACUGCAGUGCUGGUGUUGGCAGGACUGGUACCUACAUUGUGAUAGACAGUAUGCUGCAACAAAUAAAAGACAAAAGCACAGUUAAUGUCCUGGGUUUCCUGAAACAUAUCAGGACACAGCGCAACUACCUCGUCCAGACAGAGGAGCAGUACAUUUUUAUUCAUGAUGCCUUGUUGGAAGCCAUCCUUGGGAAGGAGACUGAAGUGUCUGCAAACCAGCUGCAUAGUUAUGUUAACAGCAUCCUCAUACCUGGCAUAGGAGGGAAGACACGACUAGAAAAACAGUUCAAGCUGGUUACACAGUGUAAUGCAAAAUACGUGGAAUGCUUCAGUGCUCAGAAAGACUGCAACAAAGAGAAGAACAGGAACUCAUCAGUCGUGCCGUCUGAGCGUGCUAGAGUGGGCUUGGCACCGCUGCCUGGAAUGAAGGGAACAGAUUACAUUAAUGCCUCUUAUAUCAUGGGCUACUACAGGAGUAACGAGUUCAUCAUAACACAACAUCCACUGCCACAUACAACUAAAGAUUUCUGGCGAAUGAUCUGGGAUCACAAUGCGCAGAUCAUUGUCAUGCUGCCGGACAACCAGAGCCUGGCAGAAGAUGAGUUUGUGUACUGGCCAAGUCGCGAGGAAUCCAUGAACUGUGAGGCCUUUACUGUGACCCUUAUCAGCAAAGACAGACUGUGCCUCUCUAACGAAGAGCAAAUUAUCAUCCAUGACUUUAUCCUUGAAGCUACCCAGGAUGACUACGUUCUGGAAGUCCGCCACUUUCAGUGUCCCAAAUGGCCAAACCCAGACGCUCCCAUAAGCAGUACCUUUGAACUUAUCAAUGUAAUCAAGGAAGAGGCCUUAACAAGGGAUGGCCCCACCAUAGUUCAUGAUGAGUAUGGAGCUGUGUCAGCGGGAACGCUAUGUGCCCUUACCACUCUGUCCCAGCAGCUGGAGAAUGAAAAUGCUGUCGAUGUUUUCCAGGUGGCAAAGAUGAUCAAUCUUAUGCGGCCUGGAGUAUUUACAGACAUUGAACAGUACCAGUUUCUUUAUAAGGCAAUGCUAAGCUUGGUCAGCACUAAGGAAAAUGGAAAUGGUCCCAUGACACUGGACAAAAAUGGUGCUGUGAUGGCCAGUGACGAAUCUGAUCCCGCAGAAAGCAUGGAGUCUCUUGUCUAAUUGGAAACCUGAAAAGGCACUUAAUUUGUAGAACUUCUGAAGACUGAGUGAACUUUUUUGAGGCCUUUUUUGCCAGACUCUAGGUUAUACAAUAACCCAAUUACUUUUUUACACUGAUAAAAGUUUUGAUAUUUAUUUUUUGCCAUUUUAUGUCUUAAUGGUAUCCUACUGAGCAUUUGCACCUCUGUUUAUUUCACACCGUGAAACGCAAUUUUAUCUAGUUUGCACUAUAUGAUCAGUGUUACUGCCUAUAAUACUCUAAUACAAGACAAGCCCUGAUGUGACAUUCCAUGACAACAAACAUACGCUUUUUGUCUGUUUUGUUUAAAUGCAGUGAAGUUUUGCUAACUGCAGCAACCCUCGAAUCCUAAAUCUUGAAUGCUAGGCCAGAUGGAUUCUUUCUACAACAGAUACUGUACCCCUUCAUACCAUAUUUAUUAUUUAAUGGUCAUGUCACAGUUUUGGUUACGGUGUUCUGCAUUCCGUGGAGUGGAUGAGCAGUGUUCAUCCUUUCUUGACAAAACGUGGCAGGUGAUUAUUAGCUACAGUGAAGGUAUAACAGCCUUGUGGAGCUGAAACAAUUAUUUCUGUAUUGUUUCAAAUUGCUGUUUUGUACACUUACAGGCCUGAGACUUGCUUCACACGGAAUAUGUAAGUUACAUACAAUAUAAUUAUAAAUUAGAUGCAGUUCAUAUUUGGGACACAGUGAUAGGUUUUCAAUUUACAUUUUCGAAGUUUCCCCAUGUAAUCAGAAAAAUGUUGAUUUUGGUUUAUAACCAACCCUGUGAUGGGAAAGUAUUUUGGUUUUAUUCUCAUCAGGUCCAAUACAGUGAGAAAUCUUCUACAACCCAAAAUCAGACCUGUUUUCAGAUAUAUAUCAAGGUAGCAAUAUUUUACAUUACUAAGCUAUUCAAUAUUUUAAACACAUCUAAUUUCCUUACUAUUUCUUGAAUAUGACCUCACACCUAAUGGUAUGUUACGUGAUGACAGGCGUUUCUUAAUUUCAUAACUGUUAGAUGCCAUUUUUACAGGUGUGUAAUUUUCAUACUUUAGUGCUAAAACAUAAAGUACUGAUCCAUAUUUACUGGUGAAGCAAACUAAUAAAAAAACUACCUAUAAAGUUACAUUCUCCCUCUUUUUUUUUGCCAGACUAAUUCUUUAGCACAAACCUAGCUUAUUGUGUUUUCCCUCCCACACCAGUGAAAUGGUUUUCCCCAGAUUAUAUAAAUAAUUGAAUUAUUGUUUGGAGCAUUUAAGUAUACAGCCUCACUGGCUCCCUCUUCCUUUAUAUUUUGGUCAUAAUUCAACAAGGUCCAUCCCUGUUUUAUAAAAGAAGUAAGCACAUGCUUAAUUCUCCUUAAAAUUAAAGUUAAUCAUGUCCUUCAUAGCUCAGCUGACUAGGGAGGAGGGGUUAUUGAAUCUGCCUGGAAAAGGAAAUAAUGUGAUUUCAGCCAUCCUGAUGUUUGGUGGGCAGUUAAAGGCACUAUCCCUUAUAUAUGGCAUUAUUUUCUUUACUUCUGAAUUUCAACUGCACAAAACAUGCAUUGUAAUUUUUCAGGACUUGUCAAAAUGUUACAACCUAUUUUUUUCAUUUAAUACAGCCUAUCUUUUUUCACUUAAAUGUAAACCCAUUAAUUUCUGCCAGUCCAGUCUUGCUGAAAUACAGACAUUUGGCAGGGUUCUGUGUAUUUUCCCUCACAAGGAAGCUGAAAGCAAACUGCUUAAAAGGAUAUUGAGAGUAGGUAUUUUGGUUCAGGACCUCUCACGAUGCAAACUGAUAUGACCUCGCUGACAGCAGAUGAGCUAUGCAAACUGGUAUGUGCUAAAAUCUGGCCUUUUAUCUUCAAUGAGAGAAAGAUUUCCUGAUUAAUUCAACACCAAAGUAUUCAAGAAUUCGUCAUCAACCUUUUACACAGUCACCUUUCACUUCUCCGUUUGUUGAAUACCUCUCCAUACAAAUGAUCCCAAUAACUGUUUAAGCUGAACAGGAUAAUAAGCCCGUGGUUUCAGUAGGGAAAUCUCAUGUCCAGCAACAGCUAGUCCAAAUAGAAAAUGUACAGAAUGUUUCAAAAGAUUGUAGGUUGCAUCCCCUUUGCUCUGGGAUGAUAGCCUGGCACGGGGGAGGGAGUCAUUUAAUGUCUGGUAGGAGUUAGGACUGUCUCUCCAGUCGCUACACCCCAGUAACAGAAUUGUUUAAGUAAGUUUUCAAGUGCUGCUACCUGCAAGGGUUGGAAGAUUUUGCUGAGUGGUCUGUUGGCCAGUGGGCAUCAGCAUUAGAGGCUGGGAAGUCCCCCUGCACCCCCAGUAUUCAACCUGGCCCCAGGCAAUUCCAGGUGGUAGCACAAAGGGACUAACCAGUUGACUCAGUUCAAUCUGAAGUAUUUAAGUUCCUGGGGAGGUGUAGGGAGAAGUUAAGAAUUCAAACCCUGACAAGAGCUAAGUGACACGAAGAUUACUGCAGGCAUCAAGAGGGUUGGAUUUGUUCAGUACUUUCAGCUGAUUACUUUUCAUUUCACUGGCAUGAUGGAAGAUAACUGUGGUUCGUGACACACUGUCUGAAUACCCUUGGUUUAAUCCCUUACCUUCUCACAAGUUUUAAACAUCAAUGAAUGAAGGCUGCGGGGGUUGAACUUUGGUAGAUGCUUUGGAAAUCCAUGCAUUUGCAUUGGCAUUUUUUGACAUCUGAAAUACUUUUACCUGGGAUUUAAUCCAUGGGGAAAUAAUGUACACUGGUGUUCUAUGAGUUCUCCAUAGAUUUUUUUUUUUGUAAGGAGGCUUGAGCUGUGUGUUAAGUGCUGUGCUCACAGUCAGGUAGCCAAUAGAUGGUAGUGAUGCAUGAGGCUUGAAGUGGGUGAAGCUAGAAAUUGCCUGUGAAGGUCAGGAUUAAGUGCACCAAGAGCCAAGCCUACCCUACUGUAAGCAGCUGCAGCUCUGCUCUCUUACAUGGAUUUGCACCUCUCCCUGGACUGAGUGGCAGCAGGAGCGAGUGUCUGCUCAGAGAUGGGCACUCACAAGCUCUGCUGAUGCUCCCACAAGUGUCUGGCCAAAGUCCUGCUCUGUGCAUCCCAACCUUGCUUUUGGGACAUCAACCCCCCCACACUGUACCCUCACCUUGGCAUUCGGUCGGGAUAUCUUUCAAGCCAUGUCCGUCAAUCAGAGGUUCCCAGGCAAUGUGCAGGUUUGCAAAUUAAGGGAGCCUGAGUAUAUCCCUAUGGUCCUCAGCACCAGCCCUGAGAACUGUGGAGGGACUGAAGCACACGAGUGCAUGUGUGUCUGCAUUUAGAAAAUACCAUUUCUCCGUGUCUUGCACAUGUGCUGCGCCCGCAGACCGUGAGAGACACAGACGGUGCUGAGUCCGUGAGAGCAGCCAAGCUUUCCAAGAGGGAAUGCUUGGAAAGCUGCUGUACCACCUUAGCCUCUAAAAUGGGUGACAGUCUCAGCUGAAUGCCCCAUCCUACAAACACUCCUGUAUGUGAGCUUGGUGUCAGUAGGAAGGUCUGGGAGAGCCAGUGGGACUGCUCAGCUGUGCAGGCUAAGCACUGAUCCUUCUGCGGGACCAAGGUCUAAAGAACAUUCAUUUUAAACAGCAUUUGUCCCUAGUAUUUCAGUGUCUGUUUCCAAACACUAAUUUAACAACAGGAAAAAAAAAUCCAAACCCCUUGAACUAUUUCUUGUGAGUGACUGUUUCUGUACUGUGGGUCUGUUCUAGGUCAGCAGAGUCAUUUCAGUUGUUUUUCUGGUUUCUGACUGCUCAAAUUGUUUGAACCCAGAGUGAUACACUGGGACAUUAGGAGAAGAAUCUUUAUGACACAGCACAACUGCCUUCUCAUUAAUCUUUCCUUUAAGAUGAUAUAUUUUAUUUAAAAGCUAAAAAAUAUAGAUAUCAAUUCUACCAAAGAUACAUACUACUAAUUCUCAGCAGAACAAAACCAACUUAAUUUUAAGAAAAAAAUUAAAUGUAGUUGUCUUAAGGAUUUAGCAGUCUUUCUCAAAUUCAUGUCUUCUGACAUCAGAUCUUGUGUUCUGAAGUUUAUAUUCAAAUGGUGCCAGUGAAUUUUUAUAUGAAGGGAAAAUGCCUAUUUGUUAAUCCACUGCAUUGCUUUUCUUCUUUUUCUUUUUCUCUUUUAGUUUUUUUUCAGACGUAAUUCACUGUUACCCCUUUGCUCUUCUUCUCUUUGUUGCCAUUCUAACAAUGUGAACUACAUUGGCUUUACUUAUUAAAGGAGAAGGAAUGCAAAAAUAAAGAAAAAGAGGAACUGUAAUGAAGAGAUUUGGCCUCUACUUUGUCUUAGCUGUUAAACUGUUUUUAGUGUUUUUGUUAACUAUUUGCAAAGGGAAGCAUUUUCUACAGAGGAUAAUUAAUUUCAAGAAAAAUGUCUUGAGUUUUAAGAAUAAACGUCUCCAAAAGAGGAGAUAGUCAAUUUUAUACAAUGUCACAACUCUCCAACAUUUGGGGUAGUGACUUUUUUUGUUUUGUUAGAACACUUGAGACUAGCAAGCAGCCAUUGUUUCUAGAGACCGAAGCAUUCAUGUGUACUCCUAUUUUCUUUUCCUUCAUUUUUAAAAUAGCAAAGUCGUUAAAACUGUAAAUAUUUUGUUGCUUGGAUAAGCAUCUUCUGGGAACUUUGUAUCUAUGGUAUAUAAUCAUAGAAUUUUAUAUUUUCAUAUAAAGCUAAUUUUUUUCUAGUUUCACCUCCUUCCUAGUUCUGUGGUGGCUAUGUGAAUACAAACCUUCUGUGUAUCGAGGUAGUGAGACACAAUCAUCACACUCCAAAAAAGAUUUCCACACAUGUCAUUUCUUUGGGGCAGUGAUUGUGAAAGUUGGAUAUUUUUUUGGAUUCCAUUGUCAGUGCGUGCAAUAGGAAUUAGACUUAGCCAGUCACUGGAUACGUUUGUCUCAUUGAUCCAUUCAGAAAAAAAAAAUAAAAAUGUGGUGUUUGGUUUGGGGAGAGGGUGGGAGGGAGCAUUUUGAGGGAGAUUUUUUGUUCGUUUUUGUUUUUUGUUUGGGGGUUUUUUGUAACUUGAAGAAUCUUCUUUUUGUUAUGUUAAACUAUAUCAAAUCAUUCUAUUAUAGUGUUAUUUAAUAUGUAAAUUGUAUUGCUAUACAUAAAAUAAAGUAUGGUUUUUGAUGUAUUUA